UAACCCAUAAAGAAUUACACAACAAGAGAUGUGGACGGCUCGAUCGCCACGAGCACACUGAAGCCGCCGUACCGCAAGUCGUUGCAACGCGGCGAUAACACUUGUUGACUACGGAACCCUAAAAAGCACACUAAAUUUAAUUUUGCUUGAUACAAUAACAUUUCUUCUCGUAGGCUGCCAGAUAUAUCUCGAUUUUACAUGAAAGCUUCACCAUUCUACCUGUCUUUAGUGUCAUACGAAAGUGCUAUAUUAGUUUAUGUAAAAAGCUUAAAAAGAAACUGCGCUGUACACUACAAGAUGUUACUGGUAAUGCAGCAAGAUUUUUUAUAUUUGGUAAAAUUCUCAUUUGUUUUUUGACGCUCUUCUGCUGUUGUUUCGUGAAAAGGUGAACUCCCGAUAACAAGAGAGGAUGGGGUAAAGCUGCCACUGUUCAGAUUAGGAUUUCGGAAGUUCUCAUCAACUGCCAGUACAAGAUGAUGAUGAAAAGCUGUAGUUUCGGCCGGUUUUCAACCGAAACGAAACGGUUUUCAACCCAUAUGCCGCUUCGCUUCUAUCACAUAGCUAUGGAGCUCCAGUGACCGACCGGGGGCCCCUGCCCGCGCCUCGCUACGCCCAUGAGCUCUUUAUGGUCUCCCCAUGUUAUAUCUAAAAUUCAGCUUUCUCGGUCAAUGUGCGUUCCAAAUAAAAAAUAUGUAUAGUAAUUGGACUAUUCAUACUAGGUACUAUUGUUUAAUUAUUAUUAUAGGUGUCAUUGAAUUCCGCCGAGCGUUGAAUGAACAGCCUCCACUAGACGCAGCGUGUGUCGCAACCCUCGGGCAGACGGACAGCUCAAAGACCGUCUACCGUGUAAAAUAAAUAAACAAAUAAAAAAUCCCGAAUGCAUUAAGUAUAAAAAACUGAAAAGAAAAAAAACAAGCUAGGUCCAGAAGUGUAGAAAGCAAUUAGAAAACAGUCGGGACCUAGCUUGUUUUUUUUCUUUUCAGUUUUUUAUACUUUAUGAAGACGGGUUUUUUAUUUGUUUAAUUAAUUUAUUUAUUUCACACUUUUUAGUUACGAUAGAUUGGUUAAUUUCGGAUUUAUUUAUUACGUUUAUUACAAAGUACGAUAAUUUAUACGUCCAACCGAGGUUAUGCAAAUAUUCAAAAAAUUCUACGGAACGCUCGGGGCGAAUCCGACUCGCACUUAGCUGAUUUUUAUAAUUAAUAUUUUUAUAUUUAAUUUAGUCUAUUUUAUAACUUCACUUCACAAACCUGCUCGCGCCUAUAGUCAUCCGCCUCGUGUAUUUUCUAUAGACAAGUAACAAAUAACGUUUUUCCAUUUUUAUAGUUUUUUUAAACAUGCCAUGAUAUACCAUUUUAGAAUCUUCACUAAAAGUUCUUGAAUUUGAUACCCAUAUUGCAAUAUUAGAAAAAAAAAAGUCUAUAGCGUCUCACAGUCGUUUUGUUAUUUUUUUUAGUUUCACCUAUCUAAGAACACUUGAGUUAUUGAGACAAAUCUACCGAUAUCCUAAUUACGUAAAUCCGUUCAGUGGUUCCCGAACAAGCCGGUUUCCGAAAAGGCUUUAGUACCAUAGACCACAUCCAUACGCUGCGGCAGGUUAUACAGAAGACUCACGAGUAUAACCUGCCACUUUGCUUAGCGUUUGUGGACUAUGAGAAAGCCUUCGAUUCGGUGGAAACCUGGGCUGUGCUAAGGUCAUUGCAGAGAUGCCGAAUUGAUUACAGGUAUAUCCAAGCGUUGAAGUGCUUGUACGAAAACGCCACUAUCAUAGUGGCGUUUUCGUAUAAUAAUACGGACUGACAUAGUGGCACUAUGUCAGUCCGUAUUCAGGAUCAGACUACGAGGCCAAUCCAGUUGCAGCGAGGAGUGCGUCAGGGAGAUGUGAUCUCUCCGAAGCUAUUUACCGCCGCUUUGGAAGACGUCUUUAAGCUUCUGGACUGGGACGGACUUGGCAUCAACAUCAAUGGCGAGUACAUCACUCAACUGCGGUUCGCGGACGAUGUAGUCAUCAUGGCACAGACUCUGGAUGACCUUAGUACCAUGCUCAAUGACCUCAGCAGCGUUUCUCAACAGGUGGGCCUGAAAAUGAACAUGGGCAAAACAAAAAUAAUGUGUAAUGCUCAUGUAUCGCUCCACCCAGUUAUAGUUGAGAACGCUGCACUCGAAAUUGUAGACGAAUACAUAUACCUAGGACAUAUGAUCCAGUUAGGUAGGUCCAAUUUCGAGAAAGAGGUGAACCGUCGAAUCCAACUCGGCUGGGCUGCAUUCGGGAAACUUCGCGACAUCUUUUCGUCCGAAAUUCCUCAGUGCCUGAAGACAAAAGUCUUCGAACAGUGCGUGUUGCCAGUGAUGACCUAUGGUUCCGAGACUUGGUCGCUAACUAUGGGCCUCAUAAGAAGGCUCAGAGUCACACAGCGGGCGAUGGAACGAGCUAUGUUAGGAGUAUCUCUGCGUGAUCGAAUCAGAAAUGAGGAGAUCCGCAGAAGAACCAAAGUCACCGACAUAGCUCAACGAGUUGCGAAGCUGAAAUGGCAAUGGGCGGGGCACAUAGUGCAAAGAGGCGAUGGACGUUGGGGUCCCAAAGUGCUGGAAUGGCGACCCCGCACUAGUAAGCGCAGUGUUGGCCGACCCCCCACCAGGUGGACUGACGACAUCAAGCGAGUCGCAGGGAUUCGCUGGAUGCAGAUGGCUCAGUAUCGUGAUGUUUGGAAGUCCCUACAAAAGGCCUAUGUCCUGCAGUGGACGUCCAUCGGCUGAUAUGAUGA